AGAGGAGAGGAGAGCUUUCCUUUCCGCCUGAGCUGAAGGACUCUCCUCAGCCAGGCUCCUGGGAGCCUCUGGGCAUCCCUCUUUCCCUGCCUUGCCUUUCUUGGUCCUUGCCUCCCUUUCCUUAAGGAAAGGAGGCAUUUCUGGGAAGGAUGAACAUGGAGAACCAGGACGUGUUGCUGGAAGUGGAGGAAGGAGAAGAAGAAGGAGGAGAGGAGGAGGAAGAGGAUGGGGAGACCGUCAUGGAAGAACUGGAACAAACUAUUAUUCCCAGCUAUGGAGCUGUACCCAGCCAGCAGGCACUACACAUGCCAGAAUGGGCUGAGUUUAAUUUGAAACCUGAUUCACUGUACUUCAAUGAUGGCCAGAGAAGAAUUGACUUUGUUUUAGUAUAUGAAGAUGAGAGUAAAAAAGAAAGUCAUAAGAAGAGCUUCCAUAGAAAGCAAAUGAGAAAGAGGCAAGCAUAUGAGUCUAAUCUGAUCAGCCGUGGCUUACAGCUUGAAGCAACAAGGUCGGUCAUGGAUGAAAAGUGUGUAUUUGUAAAAGUGCAUGUGCCUUGGGAGGUCCUGUGCCGAUAUGCUGAGAUCAUGCACAUCCGAUUGCCCUUGCAGCCCAAUGAUCUGAAAACCCAUGAUUCAGCAUUUAGCUGGAUUAGUAAAUUCUUCCGUGUGGAUGAAGAAAUCAUCAAGCCAGAGCAAGACUUUUUUACUGCUCCAUUUGAAAAUGACCGUUUAUCAGAUUUUUAUAUUCGUGACAAAGAUACAUUCUUCAAUCCAGCAACAAGGAGCCGAAUAGCUCACUUUAUCCUUUGUCGUGGAGAAUAUGCUAUAAGAGACAAUGUGAAAAAGUUUGGGAUUAAUAAAUUACUGGACUCUGGGAUCUACAAAGCAGCUUUUCCACUCCAUGAUUCAAGAUUCAACUAUCAAUCACAGGACCCCACCUGCCCAAAUGAACGGUACCUGUUAUAUAGGGAAUGGGCCCAUCCUCGAAAUAUUUUCAAAUUGCAACCCCUGGAUCUUGUAAGGAAAUAUUAUGGUGAAAAAAUUGGGAUCUAUUUUGCUUGGCUUGGAUUCUAUACUCAGAUGUUACUCCUAGCAGCAGUAGUUGGACUUGGAUGCUUUUUGUAUGGAUAUUUCACCAAGGACAAUUGUACCUGGAGCCAAGAAGUAUGUGACCCUAACAUAGGAGGAAACAUCAUCAUGUGUCCACAAUGUGAUCAAGAAUGUACCUACUGGAAUCUCACAAUUACCUGUGAAUCAUCCAAGAAGCUGUGUAUAUUUGAUAGCUUUGGAACACUAGUGUUUGCAGUAUUUAUGGGAAUAUGGGUUACUCUGUUUCUGGAGUUUUGGAAACGGCGACAGGCUGAGCUGGAAUAUGAAUGGGACACUGUUGAAUUCUUAGAACAGGAAGAACAAGUGCGGCCAGAGUAUGAAGCAAAAUGCCGUCAUGUAGUAAUGAAUGAAAUCACACAGCAAGAAGAGCAUGUUCCAUAUACAGCCUGUGGAAAGUGUGUAAGAAUGACCUUCUGUACAAGUGCAGUUUUAUUCUGGAUUCUGCUCAUUGUUGCCUCAGUUAUUGGCAUCAUUGUUUACAGACUUUCUGUUUUUCUGGUAUUUUCUGCAACACUCCCUAGACAUAUCAAUGGAACAGAAGCAAUCCAGAAGUACCUGACUCCACAAGCAGCAACCUCAGUGUCUGCUUCCAUCAUCAGCUUUAUAAUAAUUAUGAUUCUGAAUAUGGUCUAUGAGAAAGUAGCAAUCAUGAUAACUGACUUUGAACUACCAAGAACACAGACAGAUUAUGAAAAUAGUCUGACUACAAAGAUGUUUUUAUUCCAAUUUGUCAACUAUUAUUCUUCAUGCUUCUACAUUGCAUUCUUCAAGGGUAAAUUUGUAGGAUAUCCGGGUGACCCAGUUUAUUGGCUAGGAAAAUAUAGAAAUGAAGAGUGUGAUCCAGGUGGAUGUCUUCUCGAACUUACAACACAGCUGACAAUAAUAAUGGGAGGCAAAGCAAUCUGGAAUAACAUUCAAGAAGUGCUUCUACCGUGGCUUAAGAACCUGAUUGGAAGAUGCUGCUCAGCUAAUCGGUCAGAAAAGAUUCUCCCACGCUGGGAAGAGGACUACCAUCUGCAGUCCAUUGGCAAACUUGGAUUAUUUUAUGAAUAUCUUGAAAUGGUUAUACAGUUUGGAUUUGUCACCUUAUUUGUGGCAUCAUUCCCACUGGCACCCCUUCUGGCUCUCGUUAACAAUCUUCUGGAAAUUCGUGUGGAUGCCUGGAAGAUUACAACACAAUUCAGACGCAUUGUUCCCCAGAAAGCUCAACACAUAGGAGCAUGGCAGCCAAUCAUGCAAGGAAUUGCUUUACUUGCAGUGGUGACAAAUGCAAUGAUCAUUGCUUUUACUUCUGAUAUGAUCCCACGUCUUGUGUAUUACUGGUCAUUUUCAAUCCCUCCGUAUGGAGAUCAUAGCAGCUAUACCAUGAAGGGCUACAUAAAUAAUACACUCUCAGUCUUUGCUGUAUCAGACUUCAGAAAUGAAAGCAAGCCAGCUUUUCAUCCCAGAUUUGCCAACCAAACAACAUGCAGAUACCGGGAUUUCCGAUAUCCUCCUGGACAUGAACAUCAAUAUGAACACAAUAUCUAUUACUGGCAUGUUAUUGCAGCCAAGUUAUCAUUCAUUAUUGUCAUGGAGCAUAUCAUCUACUUUGUGAAAUUUGUUAUUUCAUACAUCAUCCCAGAUGUGUCAAAGAAAACCAAAAGCAAAAUUAAACGAGAGAAAUAUCUAAUACAGUUGCUGCUGCAUGAGAAUCCUCUAAAUGUUAUGAAGAAAAAUAUGGGGAGCAUCGCUGACAAAAUCCUGAAAGGAACAGAUAACACCCUUCGACCAAAAUAUGAAUAAAGAUGUGAUACACCAACAGUGGGGGAUUUAGUGAUGUGUGAAUGUUUCCACCAAAACAAACAAACAAGGCUGGACCUAAGGCAUGAGACAACAUAACUUAAAGAGAAGAAAUGAAGAAUUAUAACAUUUACAGAAAAGAUCUCAGGUUCUUCAGCUCAGAAUGUUACAUGAGGUUUAGAGUCAUCAUUCAGCAGACCUGCCAUCUCAAGCCAGCUGUUUUAUGUAUACACACACAAAUAUUAUUUAACGUUAACUUUUUCCUCUUGAUGGAAUUCUGGUUGAUUUCUGUGAACUAGUUUGCCAAACCGUUAAACCAAAGCAGACACUUUCUUUUUGACAAAGAUCUUCUCUAUUUCUUUAACUCAGUUCUCUUAAUUGUUUUUUGCAAAUGCUCCUUUUUUUGUGUGGCACUUAGUCCAUUUUUUUUCCUGAUGUGUUUGUUGUGGGAUGAAUGCCAGGGGAGAAUUUCUAGGGAGUUUUCUAUCUUGGCUAAUACUAUAGAGGGAAACCAAAUAGUCCUAGCAAACAAUGUUGUUGUUGUGUGCCUUCAAAUCAUUUCCAACUUAUGGUGGCCCUGAACCAUGGGGUUUUCUUGGCCAGAUCUGUUCAGAGAGGCUUUGCCUUCCUCUGAUGCUGAGAGAGUGUGACUUUCCCAAGAUCACCCCGUGUGUUUCCAUAGCUGAGGGUGAUUCAGAACUUGGUCCACAGAGUCAGAGUACAGUGCUCAAACCACUACACCAAACUGGUUCAUUCUCCCCCCCCCCCCCCAAUCUGUCUGUCUCCUUACCAUUUUCUUAUUCCUAAGAGAUUUAUAGGGGAGCUGAACACUUGCCCGAGAGAGACAUUCAAAGUGACCCAUCCAGGCCAGGUGUGGGUACAGUUGAAUGAUCUGACCACUCACCUGGCAAAGAAUGUAAGAUUGAUAUGCAUUGUACCAUCAACACAGAGACAUCACAUUUAUGAACUGAGAGGGAACUCUCUGAAAGUAGAUAUCCAAAUACUCAACAAGGAAAUUUUUUAAUACUGAGCAUAUUUCCAGUUCAACCAAAAUGAUUUCUCCCAUCAUGAUUUCUAGAUUGGCCAAGCCUGCUGUAGAUACCUGUCUUCAGCCUGAUGCUGCAUGUUGCACUUUUGACACCAGAAUCCAGCUCAAAAGCUUCUGGGGAUUUAGCUUUCGUUAUACUUAUGUGCUUCCCCAACCUUUCCAGUGUAGUAACUGACAACACCACAUCAGAGAUAGCAACUGGAAGGCAAAAAUGGCAUAGCUAUCAUGGGUGUGUGCAUUAGCACUCAUUAACACCGCUUUGGAAUCUUUAUUUCCCUUCAUGCAAUUUUUUGCUUCUCUCCAUUAUUAUUUGCUUAAAAUAAGGUUUGUUCAUGCAAGUGAACACAAGCACCCAUGGAAUUAUGAUGAAUAGCUCAGUAAGGACAAGAGUCUUUCUUAUGACAAUAGUAUACCAGCAACAUGGGAUGGCCAGCCUACAGUGUUUUAUUACAAGUUCAUGAAGAACUUGCUCAUGUUGGAAAAGGCAUCAGUUCUCACAACACUGAAAGCCUUGGCAUAAGAUUCUGAUUUAUCUACUAAAGGUUAUAAAUAGUGAUGCACUCAGUUUAGAGUAUUUGACAGCAAUAUUUCCUUUAUUAAGCUGCUUUUGCAAGAAAUUGUUUCAUCUAUUGAUUAUUAUGACCAAGCAUGAUCUGCAGGUCUGACCACUAAUGAUUUGUUCUGACAUUUAAAUAAAGUAGCAGCACAGUCCUGUGAAUGUUUAUUCAGAAAUAAGGCCCACUGAGUUCAAUAAGUCAUGCUACCAGGUGAGAGUGUAGGAUUGUCCUCAUUGAUUGAGAUUCUGUUGAACACUGCUGGUUGUAACUGUCUUCUGAAUUCUGUAAUUUCUUUAGUGCUGAGGAGUACCACAGUGGCUGUAGUGGAAAGACUCUCAAGCACUAUCUAGCUGCAGCUUUGCAGCUGGGAGACUGCAGAUUUUGGAGCUUCAGGAGACUAGCCACCCCUUUCUUCCCAGCUGCAAAAAGUAAAGACAAAUAGUAUGCAGAAGUUAUCUCUUCACUACCCUAGUUAUUCAUUAGAUGUGAGAGUGCAAAGUAUCUCCUUCCACAAUUACUAAAAAAGCAUUAUGCAGAUAUGAUGGAAGAUUAAACUAGCAUUUGUCACUAAUAGAAUUCUAGCCUUACACUACAAUCCUGUAACACCUAUGUAGUAAAAACAAUGGAUCAUACAUCAGUAGAAAUUUUAAACUCAAACUUUUUUAUGUGUUUCUAGUAUCCAUUGAUUCUCUGGAUAACUAUAAGAUAUAAGACAAUAUGGUUAACUUUACCUGUUUUAUAUAUGUGUGUAAUGAAGAUAUUCUGAAAGUGGUUUAUUAAUGCAAAGUUAUCUAUUAUGAAGUACAGUGAGUAAUUAAUCUGUUGGUGCAGUGCCAUUUUGUUUUAAUCAUGCUAUUGGAAAUGAAUAUUGAUAUAAUAUUUGCAUGUAGAUAAUGUUCCAUACUUCUAUAUGUUCUUCAGGGCAGCUUGAUAUGUGUAUUCUUAGCUUGGGGAAAGUAAGAUUAAAGAGUGAUAUGAUAAUCAUCUUUCAAUAUCUAAAGAGAUGUCAGGUAGAAGGUGAAGCAAGAUUGUUUCUUGCUGCUUCGGAGACCAAUCCAUGGAUUCAAAUUAAUGAAAUUCCACCUAAACAUUUGGAAGAGCUUCCUGGCAAUAAAAGCUAUUUGACAGUGGAACAGAAGAUACUGAACUCUCCAUCUUUGGAGGUUUUUACCUACAGAUUGCAUGAACAUUGUUUGGACGUGGUUUAGCUGUGGAUUACUGCACAGCAGAAGGUUGCACUAAAUGGCUCUUGAGAUCCCUUUCAACACUGAUUCUGUAAUAAAUAUAUAACUAUAAGGUAGAAUAAGAUUUAAUGUUGGGUGCAAUGUAGCUUUUAGGAUUUCAUGUUUGCUCAAUGAUUAAAUUCUGAUCACCCAAAUUUUUGGUUCUACCCAGUAUUUCACAGAGUUCCACAGAAACCCAUGAGAAUGCACAU